CGGCAGGCGGGCGGCGCGGCGCUCCUGUUGAAUCCUCCCGCGGGCGGGUUUUCCCCUUUCCGGGCGAGGGGCGGGGAGCGCGGGUCGGGGCUGACCUCGGGGCGGUGUGCGGGCCUCGGCGCCCUCGCCCCCGCCGCUGGGUCGCCCACGCCGCGCAGCCUCCGCUCCGGGCGACGACAACGGGCCGACAGAGUGACAUUUUUAUCCUGUUACUUGCCAGUCGCGGGAGAUAAAGCGCGCCUACCGCGCCUCUUGGAGCUGGUGUUGGAGGCACCCGAGGACCUAGUUGAGGAAGAGUCCAGCACGGGCUGGAGUGGCUUCUCCCGGGCCACCACUGAGUUCUAGCUUUCCUUUCGGAAUCCUCGGAGUCGGAGCGACCAUGCAAACGGGGUAAAGAUAUUUCCAUCAUGGCUCAUUCAAAGACAAGGACCAAUGAUGGAAAAAUUACCUAUCCUCCUGGUGUCAAGGAAAUCUCAGAUAAAAUAUCUAAAGAGGAAAUGGUGAGACGGUUAAAGAUGGUUGUGAAAACUUUCAUGGAUAUGGACCAGGACUCUGAAGAAGAAAAGGAGCUCUAUUUAAACCUAGCUUUACAUCUUGCUUCAGAUUUUUUCCUCAAGCAUCCUGAUAAAGAUGUUCGAUUACUGGUAGCCUGCUGCCUUGCUGAUAUUUUUAGGAUUUAUGCUCCUGAAGCUCCUUACACAUCCCCUGAUAAAUUAAAGGAUAUAUUUAUGUUUAUAACAAGGCAGUUGAAGGGGCUAGAGGAUACAAAGAGCCCACAAUUCAAUAGGUAUUUUUAUUUACUUGAGAACAUUGCUUGGGUCAAGUCAUAUAACAUAUGCUUUGAGUUGGAAGACAGCAAUGAAAUUUUUACCCAAUUAUACAGAACAUUAUUUUCAGUUAUAAACAAUGGCCACAAUCAGAAAGUUCAUAUGCAUAUGGUGGAUCUCAUGAGUUCUAUUAUUUGUGAAGGUGAUACAGUAUCUCAGGAGCUUUUGGAUACAGUUUUGGUAAAUCUGGUACCUGCCCAUAAGAAUUUAAACAAGCAAGCAUAUGAUUUGGCAAAGGCUUUACUGAAGAGGACAGCUCAAGCUAUUGAACCAUAUAUUACCAAUUUUUUUAAUCAGGUUCUGAUGCUUGGGAAAACAUCUAUCAGCGAUUUGUCAGAGCAUGUCUUUGACUUAAUUUUGGAGCUCUAUAAUAUUGAUAGUCAUUUGCUGCUCUCAGUUUUACCCCAGCUUGAAUUUAAAUUGAAGAGCAAUGAUAAUGAGGAACGCCUUCAGGUUGUUAAACUACUGGCAAAAAUGUUUGGGGCAAAGGAUUCAGAAUUGGCUUCUCAAAACAAACCACUUUGGCAGUGUUACUUGGGCAGGUUUAAUGAUAUCCAUGUACCAAUCCGCCUGGAAUGUGUGAAAUUUGCUAGCCAUUGUCUCAUGAACCAUCCUGAUUUAGCAAAGGACUUAACAGAGUAUCUUAAAGUGAGGUCACAUGACCCUGAGGAAGCUAUUAGACAUGAUGUUAUUGUGUCUAUAGUUACAGCUGCUAAAAAGGAUAUUCUUCUGGUCAAUGAUCACUUACUUAAUUUUGUGAGAGAGAGAACAUUAGACAAACGGUGGAGAGUGCGCAAAGAAGCCAUGAUGGGACUUGCGCAGAUCUAUAAGAAAUACGCUUUACAAUCAGCAGCUGGGAAAGAUGCUGCAAAACAGAUUUCAUGGAUCAAAGACAAAUUGCUACAUAUAUAUUAUCAAAAUAGUAUUGAUGAUAGAUUGCUUGUUGAACGGAUCUUUGCUCAAUACAUGGUCCCCCACAAUUUGGAAACUACAGAACGGAUGAAAUGCUUAUAUUAUUUGUAUGCCACACUGGAUUUAAAUGCUGUGAAAGCACUGAAUGAAAUGUGGAAAUGUCAAAAUCUGCUCCGACAUCAAGUAAAGGAUUUGCUUGACUUAAUUAAGCAACCCAAAACAGAUGCCAGUGUCAAGGCCAUAUUUUCAAAAGUGAUGGUUAUUACAAGAAAUUUGCCAGAUCCUGGUAAGGCUCAGGAUUUCAUGAAAAAAUUCACACAGGUGUUAGAAGAUGAUGAGAAAAUAAGAAAACAGUUAGAAGUACUUGUUAGUCCAACAUGCUCCUGCAAACAAGCUGAAGGUUGUGUGCGAGAAAUAACUAAGAAGUUGGGCAACCCCAAACAGCCUACAAAUCCUUUUCUGGAAAUGAUCAAGUUUCUCUUGGAGAGGAUAGCACCUGUGCACAUAGAUACUGAAUCUAUCAGUGCUCUUAUAAAGCAAGUGAACAAGUCAAUAGAUGGAACAGCAGAUGAUGAAGAUGAGGGUGUUCCAACUGAUCAAGCCAUCAGGGCCGGUCUUGAACUGCUCAAGGUACUCUCAUUUACACAUCCCAUCUCGUUUCAUUCUGCUGAAACAUUUGAAUCUCUCCUGGCUUGUCUGAAAAUGGAUGAUGAAAAAGUAGCAGAAGCUGCACUCCAAAUUUUCAAAAACACAGGAAGCAAAAUUGAAGAGGAUUUCCCACACAUCAGAUCAGCUUUGCUUCCUGUUUUACAUCACAAAUCUAAGAAAGGACCCCCCCGUCAAGCCAAAUAUGCUAUUCAUUGUAUCCAUGCAAUAUUUUCUAGUAAAGAGACACAGUUUGCACAGAUAUUUGAGCCUCUGCAUAAGAGCCUGGAUCCAAGCAACCUGGAACAUCUCAUAACACCGCUGGUUACUAUUGGUCAUAUUGCUCUCCUUGCACCGGAUCAGUUUGCUGCUCCUUUGAAGUCUUUGGUAGCUACUUUCAUUGUGAAAGAUCUUCUCAUGAAUGAUCGGCUUCCAGGAAAAAAGACAACUAAGCUUUGGGUUCCAGAUGAAGAAGUUUCACCUGAGACAAUGGUCAAAAUUCAGGCUAUUAAAAUGAUGGUUCGAUGGCUACUUGGAAUGAAAAAUAAUCACAGUAAAUCAGGAACUUCUACUUUAAGAUUGCUCACAACAAUACUGCAUAGUGAUGGAGACUUGACAGAACAGGGGAAAAUUAGUAAACCAGAUAUGUCACGUCUGAGACUUGCUGCUGGGAGUGCUAUUGUGAAGCUGGCACAGGAACCCUGUUAUCAUGAAAUUAUCACAUUAGAACAAUAUCAGCUAUGUGCUUUAGCUAUCAAUGAUGAAUGCUAUCAAGUAAGACAAGUGUUUGCUCAGAAACUGCACAAAGGUCUUUCCCGAUUACGGCUUCCACUUGAGUAUAUGGCAAUUUGUGCACUUUGUGCAAAAGAUCCUGUAAAAGAAAGAAGAGCUCAUGCCAGGCAGUGUCUGGUAAAAAAUAUCAAUGUGAGACGCGAGUAUCUGAAACAGCAUGCAGCUGUUAGUGAAAAAUUAUUGUCUCUUCUACCCGAGUAUGUUGUUCCAUAUACAAUUCACCUUUUGGCACAUGACCCAGAUUAUGUCAAAGUACAGGAUAUUGAACAACUUAAAGAUGUUAAAGAGUGUCUUUGGUUUGUUCUGGAAAUAUUAAUGGCUAAAAAUGAAAAUAACAGUCAUGCAUUUAUCAGAAAGAUGGUAGAAAAUAUUAAACAAACAAAAGAUGCUCAAGGACCAGAUGAUGCAAAAAUGAAUGAAAAACUGUAUACUGUGUGUGAUGUUGCCAUGAAUAUCAUUAUGUCAAAAAGCACCACAUAUAGUUUGGAAUCUCCUAAAGACCCAGUACUACCAGCUCGUUUUUUCACCCAACCUGACAAGAACUUCAGUAACACCAAAAAUUAUCUGCCUCCAGAAAUGAAAUCGUUUUUCACUCCUGGAAAACCUAAAACAACCAAUGUUCUAGGAGCUGUUAAUAAGCCGCUUUCAUCAGCAGGCAAACAAUCUCAGACAAAAUCAUCACGAAUGGAAACUGUAAGCAAUGCAAGCAGCAGCUCAAAUCCAAGCUCUCCUGGAAGAAUAAAAGGAAGGCUUGAUAGCUCUGAAAUGGAUCACAGUGAAAAUGAAGAUUACACAAUGUCUUCACCUUUGCCGGGGAAAAAAAGUGACAAGAGAGACGACUCUGAUCUUGUAAGGUCUGAAUUGGACAAACCUAGAAGCCGGAAAAAAACACCUGUAACAGAUUCAGAGGAGAAAUUAGGGAUGGAUGACCUGACUAAGUUGGUACAGGAACAGAAACCUAAAGGCAGUCAGCGUGGAAGGAAGAGAGGCCAUACGGCUUCAGAAUCAGAUGAACAGCAGUGGCCUGAGGAAAAGAGGCUCAAAGAAGAUAUAUUAGAAAAUGAGGAUGAACAGAAUAGUCCACCAAAAAAAGGUAAAAGAGGCCGACCACCAAAACCUCCUGGUGGAGGUACACCCAAAGAAGAGCCAACAAUGAAAACUUCUAAAAAAGGAAGCAAAAAAAAACCUGGACCUUCAACAGCAGAAGAAGAGGAAGAAGAAGAAAGACAAAGUGGAAACACAGAACAGAAGUCAAAAAGUAAACAGCACCGAACUUCAAGGAGAGCACAACAAAGCAGAGCAGAAUCUCCUGAAACUAGUGCAGUUGAAUCCAUACAAUCCACACCACAGAAAGGACGAGGAAGACCAUCAAAAACGCCAUCACCAUCACAACCCCCCAAAAAUGUCCGUGUAGGACGCUCCAAACAAGCCGCUACUAAAGAAAAUGAUUCAAGUGAAGAAGUAGAUGUGUUUCAGGGUAGCUCUCCUGUUGAUGAUAAUCCACAGGAAGAAACAGAGGAAGAAGAAGUUUCUGCAGUAAAUGUACGGCGGCGAAGUUCUAAAAGAGAAAGGCGAUGAACAAAUGUCAUUAAUAACUUUCUAUGUGAAAGCUUUGAAAAAAAUAAUUUUUUGUCAAGCUUCAGGCUGAGUAAAGCCUUUGAUGCACAAAGUGGGACUGCUGAAGAGUGGACAGUUGGACCUUACUCUGAUGACCUCAUGUAUUUGUGGUCACAUGCUUUAGCCAUGCGCACGGUAUAACAUUGACUAUGGAGUCUUGUGAAAAAGUCUAAUGUGUGAUGGCUAUGUAGACAUAAAGAAGAAACUUGUAAAUAUAUUUUUUCUUCUUUUUUUUUAAUGUUUCUGACUUCUAAAGUGCUUGUAUAGCUUUUAUCUGCGGCUUUAAACUGACAGUACCCAGCUGUUUAUUGGAUCUAUUGAUUUGAAAAGAGUUUGUUAGGAUAGAUCUUAAGCAGUAAUCUGUCAGUGUUUGUAUUUGUAUUCUCUGCAGUUUUACUGUGAAAUUUUUUUUUCAACAAAUGGUGUCAUUUUCUUGAUGUCACAAUUUGUUGGAGAGUUAAAGUGAUCUCUUUCCCUUGCGUAUCUUACCUAGUGUUUACUCCUGGGCACCCUUAAUCUUCAGAGGUGCUAAAUUGUCUGCCAUUACACCCGAACAAUGCCUCUGAUGGGAGGACGCCAUGCAAACUGUGGAAUAGUCCUGAAGUUGUUUGAUUAUUUUACACCUCAGUAUUGGUCCCAGAAUUUUCUGGCCUUUCAUGGCAAGGAAAAUUUUAAAAAGAGAGAGAUUUAAAAUAUUAUAAUUUUAAAGAGUGUGUUAUAAAAAUAAUGUACUGAGUUCUUUAUCCCAUUUUAUCAUCCCUUUUCAGUUUUUAUUAAUCUACUGUAUCAAUAAAAUUCUGCAGUUUGAAUUAGUUUUUAAUAGUCUAGAAUGUUAUUGUGUAUAGAUAUUUCCUCUUGAACAUUAUGUUCAGAAAAUGCAAAUUAUUACACUAUAAUAUAAAAUCUGAUAUAUACACAUUAGAAGUGUUUCAGUUCUCCAUAACAGUAUAAAGUUAAUCAGAAAGAAAAAAAUUUUAUUGAUGCAGUGUGUCUUUAUAAAGCUGUUCUUGAAAGCAAGUGUUUUGUAUUUUAUAGUGAGUUGCAUGUUUAUGAAAAAAAGUGCUGAAAAUGGGAUGUGCUCUUUUCUGUAAAUUCGUAUUUAGCCAUAGUAUAUGAUAGAUUGCCCCAUAACAUAGUUUUUCAUCAAGAGUUUAUUAUUGUACUUUAUUUUGGAGCCAAAAAUUGUUUCUGGGGGGGGAGGGGCAGGGUGGGAGUGAUAUGUCCAACUAUAUGAGCUACUGUAGGUUCACAAUCUUAUGAACUUCGAAUGGAAUUCCACUUUGUCCAGAUUGGGAGAAGUGGAAAUAUAUUUGGGUUUAGAGCAUAUCUUUUUUCUUUGUUGUAAUCUACAAAAUAUAGAAACAAAGGCAGCAUCCUUUAUACAGUUUUAUGAACUGUAUUUUCAACCAAAACAUAUAGGUUACAACUUAAUGCUUUCCUAAAUUCAUUUUAGUAUUUCAGGUGCUGUUCUUUCAUUUUUUCAUGGUUACCAUCAGAAAAGAAAAUCAUAUUCUAACUUAUUAAAUUUAUCACAAUGGAUAAUGGAGCAUUUUCAUUUAAUAUGCCAUUAUGUUUAAGGUAUAUUUCCAAGUUGGUUAUAAUAGAUGGGGGAUAUAAUAAAGAAACUAUUUUGGAAAGUGACAUUUUACUAUUUUCCAGUGUAUAUCACAAUUGAUGUGAUUAUUUUUCUUUUGAAGAUUUCUUCAUGUUUAUGAAACGGCCUUUUAUUUUUUAAAAAAAAGUUUUGAAUUGUGUCUUGAUCUCUCAAUAUUUAACUAUUCUUCAUCUACAACAGUACUGACACCAGUGAUUAUGGGAGGCUGCUGUAUAUCAAGGCAGCUAAUGUUGGACCAAGAUACAGUUGGUUUUUAAAUGUGUCAUUAGCUCAGUUCUCCCAAACACGCUAUUUCUAUUUCAGCAGUACAAAGGCAUGUUUUUAAAUCUAUAAAAUAAAGAAUAAGGGAUAGCUUUGUAUUUUUGUCGUUGACUAAAUUGCACCGGAAAUGUUUAUGGGAGUAUAUCUUUAAGACCAUUUUAUAAAACAGUGAAAAAAUGAUUGUGGAGGAUUUUUAUUUGCAUGAUCAUAGUUAACCAAAUUUCACUGCACAUUUAAUUCUGUACAUCAAUUCACAAAAAAUGUUCAUUGUAGAUUUUGUUCAAUGACAGUGAGUCUGUGAUUUUAUAACUUGUCUGUUCACUUUUUGGGAGGAUUAUGAUGUAAAUUUUCCAUUUUUCUGUAGAAAAAAUAGGUGCAAUAAUGAUCAAAGUUUUGAUGUCCUGAGUCAUCUUAGGGGAUUAUCUCAUUAUGUUGAAACUUAACAUUUCAUGUACUAACAUUUGGAGAACCACAUACUGUAACUAAAGUAAAAUUAAGUAUGUGUAAAACGUUAAUUGCUAACAGUGGUUAGCAAACUCUUCAGUGAUAAUGUUCAUUUUGAAAAUAUAUACUGUAUAAAAAAGUUAAGAAAAUAUUUAACUCACUGUAACAAGUUCCAUUAUGAAGAUCUUAUGAUUCUUCAGUGAGGUUGUCUUGCUGCACUCUGUAGCAAAUCCGUUUAAUCUACACUAUAAUAAAAUUUCUUGCUGCAGUGCAACAGGAAGCUUUUUCAGUGAUCUCCACUGUAUAUGUAAAUUACAAAUGUGGCUGUAAAACUUGUUCCGGGUAUUAAAGGUUACAUUACUUUCUGUAUUUUCUUAUAACUUGUAAGUUUGAUUUUUGAUUUUCCUUUUGCCCACUUAAAGAAUGUCAGGAAUUUAAGAAUUUGUUUAACUUAGGCAUAUCUCCCCUACCACAUAGUAUUAUGUCACCGUAAUGAACAGUUGGUAUUUAGAUAGAUAACCAAUUUUCAGACACAGUUUUGGAUUUUCUGUGAAGUUGAAUAAACAUGAAAGCUAAUAUAUAACUGUAUUAUUUUAUUUAUGUGAAUCUAUCUAUAUAUAUUUAAAUAUGUUUACUAAAUGGAGGAAGGCACAUUUUAGUGAUUUUUAAUUUUGGAGGCUUUGUUUCAUAAAGAGGAAAUAUAUUUCCUAGUAACAUUUUUCAGACUUCUUGUUUAAACUUCUCAUGCAACACCUUGGCUGGCAGAGACUUACUAAGUAUUAUUUAAAAGGUUGCAUAACUGAAGAAAAGAAAUGUAUAAUAUAAACUUUAAAAGUAAACACUAAGAAAAUAAGUUACUGUAGUGACAGUUUUAUUAAUUUGUUCAGUGAAUAUUUAUUGAGUACCUACUAUGUGCUAGGCUAGUUACAGGGGAUAUAGUGUGAUCAGGAUAGAAUAAGUCUCUGCCCUUGUGGAGCUUACAUUCUCCACAAAGAGGUGGGGGACUAAGGAAAACAAUAAGUAAUAUAUAAUGUCAUACUGUGAAAAGUAUGGAGAUUAGAAAAGGAAAGCAGGAUAGAGAGUAGAAAUGAUUGGAGGAGAAGCUAUUUUAUAUACUUUGAAGCUGCAUUAUUCAGUAAAAUUUAGGUUUGUUAAUGUCUUUAUGAUGAAGUGACACUUAUAAUUAUAAAACAUCAUUUGUUAGCUGUAUGAAUACUUCAUGCCUACUUUGUCUGAUAAUUGAUAUAGCCAUACCAGUUUUGUUUUAACUAUUGUUUGCAUGACAAAACUUUUUCUGUUCCAUUAUUUUCAACCUGUUUAUGUCCUUAUGUUUAAAAGUGCAUGUCAUGUAAACAUUUUAUACUUUGGUCUUGUUCUUUUAUCCAAUCUUAGAAUCUUUGUUCUUUAAUUAGAGUGUUUAGACUAUUUAUUUUUGGUAUAAUCACUGAUACAGUAGCUUUUAUUGCUAUUUUUUUGCCAAUUUUUUCUUUAUUCCUUUAUUUUCUCCUUUUCCUACCUUCCUUUGGCUAGGUAAAGUACUUCUUACUAUUCUAUUUUAUCUCUUUUAUUAGCUUUUCAGUUACACCCGAUUGUAUUAUUAUUUCAGUGGUUACCCUACAGAUUAUAAUAUCUGUAUUUCACUUAUUAUAGUCUGCGCUAUAUUAAUGUUUUUGCCACCUUCUGAACAAUGCAAGGAUUUGAAAACAGUUCAAUUCCAUUUGCUGCACCUCUACUCUUUGUGCUAUAGUUGUUAUAUAUUUUGUGGUUAUAAAUGUCGGAAUAUCUAUGCUUUCAAUAGUCAGUGUUCUUACUUGUUUAUACAUACAUUUUUUCUUUGCACUUUUUUUUUUUUCGUAGUUUUGUGCUUCCAUCUCAAUUCAUUUUUCUUAAGCCUGAAGAACUUUUAAUAUUGCUUAUGCUGCAGGCCUGGGGGCAGUUAACUCAUUCAGCGUUUGUUUGAAAGGUCUUAAUCACACCAUUUUUGAAGGGUAUUUUCCUUGGCUAUGGAAUUCUAGAUUGGCAGUUUUAUUUAUUUGGCAACUUAAAAGUUAGCAUUCUGUUGUCCUCUGAUUUUCAUAUUUUUUGUUGUAAGUCAGCUUAAAACCUUUUUGCUCUUUGUAGGUAAUGUGUGUUUUUUUUCUGGCUGCUUUUAGGAUUUUCUCUUUAUCUUUGUUUUUAGCAGUUUGACUGUGCUGAGCGUACUUAUGUUUUUCAUUUUAUUUAUCAUGCUUGGGGUUUACUGAGCUCUUGAAUCUGUGGGUUGAAGUAUUCCAUCAGUUGUGAAAAAUUAUCCAUUCACAUAUUGCUUCUACUCUAUUAUCACUUCUUUCUGACACUACAGUUAUAAAUAUACUUCACUGUUUGUGUCCCAUGUGCUUUUUAUUUUCUUCCCUGAUCUUUCUGCUUUUUUUUUUCUCUCUGUGCAUCUGUUUGGGUGUUUUCUGUUGACCCAUCUUGCAGAUUUAUCAAGCCUGCCUUCUGCACUGUGCAGUCUUCCAUUUAAUCAACCCAAUUAAUUGACUUCAAAUAUUGUAUUUUUUAGUUUUACAAUGUCCAGUUAUAUUUUAUAGAUUUCAUUUUUCUUUUGAAUGUCUGUCUUUUUACUCUUUCCUCCCAUUUAAAAAAAAUACAGCUGGCAAACAUUUGAAUUAUAUAACUAAGUCUAACAUCUGCAUCAUCUGUGGAUCUGAUCCCAUUGCCUAGUUCUUUUUUUUCUUCAUUACCAGUCACAUUUUUCCUGGUCACACUUCUUUCUCUCACUUUAUAGGGCUUUUAAUUUUUUCCCCUUCUGCAGGAGAAUGUUUAUAAAAGAACUGAAGGAUUGAAGUUGAUGUCAUUUUCCACCAGGAGAGAAUUUGCCUUGUUUUUCUGUUAGGCAUUUUAGGGCUUGAUUACCUCAAUCCAUGGAGUUGGGCUUGGGUUGCAGCUUUUGUUAGACUCAAACUUGUUUCAAAAGUCUUGGGAAUAAGACUUGUAUUAUGUGACAGGCCUUGCAAGACUACCAGAGAUGUCAUUCAGCUUUUCUCUCCAGCCCAGCCUCUCAGCAGGAAGACUGUUUUACAUAGGACAGGCAAAGAAGGUUCUUUGAGAAGGUGACAUCUGAUCAUGGACUUCCAUUAAGUGAAGGAAUCAAGCCAUAUGGGGGGGAAAAGUAUUAGGGCAGAGGGAAGAGUACAUACAAAAGUCCUUAGGGAAGAAUAAGUACAUCAAGGAUUUCAAGAAGGCAGUGUUUCUGGAGUGAAAGUGACCAAGGGAUAAAAGGGUAGGAGAGAAAUUCAGAAGAUAGCAAAGAAUCAGAUCAUACCUGUAUGCCUCUUGGGACUUUUGUUCAGAAAGUGAUGGGAAUCCACUGCAGGGCUUUGAUGAGUAGGAAGAGUGGCAAGAUCUGGACCUGUUUUUCUUUCUUAUUUUUUAAUUAAAAAAAAAUACUUUGGACUUAACAUGUCUAAAACUGAGUGCAUAACCUUUCCUUCCUGGAUCUGGUCGUCUUUAUAUAUCUGAAAAUAGAACUAGCAUUCAGCUAGCAAUGCAGAUCAGAAAUCUAGAAAUUACCUCCCAACUCCUCUUCCUUAUGCUCAUAUCCAUUGUGUCAUCACGUCCUGUUGAUUUUACCUUCUGAUUAUUCCUGGAAUUUUUCUACUUUUUUUCAUCAGUGUAUUAAAAAAAAGUAGUUCUCAUUUCUUUGUCUCCAAACUUGUCUGCUCACAUUUGCUCUUGCCUGACCUCAAAUUUAUUUUCACAGUGUAGCCAGACUAUAUUGUGAAAUACAGUGAUCCUGUCAGCAGCAGCAACAGCAACAACCCUACAGUAUAAACCCUCCAAUCCCAUAACACUACACCAUUGCAUUUAGGAUAAUGUGCCCUACAAAGCUCAGCAUCUUUGGUCAGUCCUAUCUAGCCAGUCUUUUCUUCUUAGUCUCUGUCAGCUAGGCUAUUCUUUCAGUCCCCUUAUACCUAGCUGCCAGAGGUACAAGUUAUUAGGGUGCAUAUAAAGGUAUAUAGACAUUCAAAAGAUAAAAUAAUAGUUAUUCAUUCUGCCUGGAGCACUCUUCCUUUUUCUGCUGCGUCUAGUUGUUUCAUACACUACAAGUAAGAAUUUUCCCUAGGAAGCCUUUCUAGAUUUCUGUGAUCAGGACAACCCCCACUGUUAUCCGCCCCCUUAGUUUACCUCUUUAUAGAGCUUAUUAGCACAGUUGGCAUUUGAAUUGUUUGAUUAACGCUUGUCCUACUGCCUCCAACAUUGUAAACUACAUGAAGAUAGAGGUGGUGUUUUUUUUUUUUUUACUAGUUUAUCUCUAGCACACAGCACAGUGCCUAGUGUACAUAGCACUCAAAAACGUUUGUUGAAUAAUCUAAAUUUACUUUAUUAAAAUGUAGAUAAAUAAGACAUUAAAAAUUGUUUGAUUUAAGACGAAGAAGUCUGUUAAUUUAUUGUGCCAGAUAAACUUACUAAAAGCUUUACAUACACUGUCAUCUCAUGUAGUCCUCACUGUAGCUCUGUGGUCAUUGAUGGUAUGCCCUUUAACAGAUGUGGGAACUGAGGGUCAGAGAUUGUAAUGGUUUACUCAAGAUUCCUCAUCUCUAACGUGAUGACUGAGGGGUCGAUCACAUGUGUUUUACUCCAAAGCUAUGCUCUUUCGGUACUACCUCAAAUAUUAAUCAUCAAACCAACAUUGAUUGAAUAAAUAUUAAUAAGUCUUAAAGAAGUAGUGACAUAAUUCUCAAAUUAUGUUGGAAUUUCCCAGUCAAGGUGAUAACCUAGCAUUGGCCACAUUUUAUUGGAUACUCUGUUACCUGUUUCCCUACAUUAUCUCCCAUUGUGAGAAAUGUGUAUUAUCAACAUUUUAUAAAGAAACCUAGACUUGCCCAAAGGUCACAGAGUAGAGCCAGAGUUGAUGGUCUGAAGUAAUACUUAUGCCAUUGGUUUGGACUAGAAUUUAAAUAACUUACUUAAACCCAGGCUGCUUUCUAUUUAUUGAAAGCAUAUAAAAUGCUUCAGACAAAUCUUAGAUAGUGAUGGAUAAAAAUGUAAAUUUAUUUACUUUACAUAAUUUACAUUCUUUGGUGGAUGGGUUUAACUGGUUCACUAGGUAGUCUUCUGCGUAUGCCCCUUGGAUGCCCCUAGUUAUGAAAAAAAUCCUGCAGAGGUGAUAAUACUGUUAGCCCCUUAUAGAUAGUAUGUGGAUGUUUGGAGCUUGGGUGCAUACCACACAUGUUCAUUUGGGAAUUGAGAUCAACUUGGCUGAAGGGGAGAACUUUAUCUGCGUUGUGGUUGGGUAGUGGGGAGAUGCUCUUGCAGAAGUAUUUUGGGAGAACAUAGUUUAGGGCUUUGAGUUACAAAGCCGGUUAAGGGAGCUACCGAUGGAUUUUCAGAGCAAAAGAAGGAAGCUAGGAGAUUAUUAGGACUUUUCACAUGACAGCUUUAGAAGGGUGUGUAAUACAGUUUAAGGGACUACAAUAUAGUCUAAGGGACUACUAGCAUAGUAGUUUGCUCUGAAGAAGCAAUUACCUUGUUUUUAAGCCUCAAACUGUUCAUAACUAGUAAUUGUUAGACCUGAGUUCUGUAGUUCCAUUAUUCAAAUAAACAGACAACGUUCACAGUAAGUAACAGCCAGCUGAACGUCGUUUUUGAUUUAAAACCUUACACAGGUACUUCCUAAAUCCUUUCCCAUAGAAAGGAGGUAGAAACAACACAGGCAUUCAGAGCAAAAUAUGAAAAUCACCCUUCGUUUCACCUGAUCAGGAUUUCAGUCUCACUUCCUUGCUUAUAUAUACCUGUAUAUCUUGUUUUUAUGUAAGUGGGACCAUACUAUACCCUUCUACAACUUUUUCCUCUACUAAAUGUUUUUAUAAAGCUAUCAGCACAUAUGAGUUUAUUGCAUCCUUUUAACAACUGCAUAAGGUUCAUUGUAUACAUAUGCCAUGAUUUAUUUAAUCACUGUUCUGUUGAUGGGCAUUUGGGUUAUUUACAUUUUUCACUGCUACAAAUGAUGCAGUAAAUGAUCUUUCCUGUUAAUGUCUUUGUGCUGAAGUGCCAGAUUUCCUUGUUCAUAUUCUUUGCGCAUUUUUCUAUUUAGCUGUUUGUCUUUUUAUCAUUGUUGUUGUUUAUCUCUGGGUAAAAAGGAAGGAGGUAGGGAUGGGUUGUGGACUUUAGCCACACCAUGUUACAUUUUGUUACAAAAAUAUACUGUAGUUUUUGGCUAGCAUAUAUGCUAAAAGUGAGCUUACGAUCUUUCCAUGAGCUCUUUACAUAUUCUCACAUUAUUCACUUGCUCGUUAAGUCCGUGGAAGAUAUCUUCUAGUUAGUCACUUAUCAAUGAGCUUUUUUUUUGUUUUUUGGCCACACACCGCACAGCUUGCGGGGGAUCUUAGUUCCCUGCAGGGGGUUGAACCCAGGCCAAGGCUGUGAAAGCACCAAGUCCUAACGUACUGGACCACCAGGGAAUUCCCAUCUUUAAGGUUUUUUUAGUGGUGUCGUCUGUCAUAUAAUGUGAGAGUUUUUCCUCUUUGUGAGCUCAAAUCUGUCAGUAUUUUUCAAUAUGGCCUCUGAGUUUUGUGCUUACUACAAGAUUUUGAAAUUAUUUUCCUGUUUUCUAAUACGUACACUUUUUUUUUUUAACAUUAAAUCAUUUACUCUACCUGGGGACUACUUUUGUAUAUUGUGUGUAAUUAUGGUCUAACUUAAUUUUCUCCUAAGUGUAUAGUUACUUUUCUUAACACAGUUUAUUGUGUAGUUUCCUUUAUCUCCACUGGUUUGAAAUGCUACAGGUAUCAUGAUGUAAAUAUCUUUACUACCUGGACCUGGUUUUGGACUCAUGUUUCAUUGAUCUCUUUGUCUCUGCCUAUAACCAAUAUAUAAUGUAAUUACUAUACCUAUAUAAUAAGUUUUUAUAUUUGGUCUGAGAAAUUUUCCUAAAUUUUAAUUUUAACAAUGUCUUAUUUGUUAUUCUUGGCUAUUCUUGUCAUUUUCUCUUACUCAAAAUAUCAACAUCUUUACAAUAUUGAGUCUGCCCACUGAGAUUUUUUUUAAAGUCCUUCCUUUCAAUAUAGUUUUACUAUUUUCUUCAUAAGAAUAGGCUUUGCAUCUUAAAAAAUAUAUUUUAUGAAUUUUAUUGUUAUUGCUAACAUUGUUAUUCUAUUUUCUAACUGGUUAUACCCACUGUGUAUGUUUUCAGCCACUUUGCUGAACUUUUUAUUAGUUGUAAGACUUCUUCAUUUAAUUGUCUUGGAUUUGUUAGAUAGAUAACACUCUCUGCAAAGAGUUUUGUCAGUAUUUCAGAUGUUCUGAUACUUAUUUAUCAUGUUUUUCUGGUCUAAUUGUGUUGGUUGGCACUUCCAGAGCAUUGUUAAAUAGAAAGCAGCCUGUCUUUUUUCAGUUUAAGAAAGUUUCUAUUACUGUCUAAUCAGAGUUAUUAAAAAAUAAAAUCUGGAAUGUGUGUUGAAUUCCAUGUUUGCAUGGCAGUUUAUGUUUUAAAAAAUAUAUAAUUGUCAGUGUAAUGAAUUAUAUAAAUAGAUUUCAUAAAUAGAAUCAUCCUUGCUUGCUUUGGUAGGAUUAACCCAGCUUGGUCAUGCCAUCAGAUUCAGCGUGGUAACAUUUUACUCAUUAUCCUUAUAUUCAUGUCGGGUAUUGAGAUUGGUUUGUGAUUUUCUUUGUUGUGUUCUCUUUACUCCAGUAUUGGUAUGAAGGGUUUUUCCAGCCUUUAGAAUUAAGUUGGAAAGGUCUCUCUAUUUGUCUAUGAAACAGUUUAUAUAAUGUAGGAAUUAUUUACUUUCUGAAAUCUUGAUAGAGCUCACAUUUUACAUUGUACAUGGUGCUUUUCUUAGUUUAAUUUUUUCAAUUUUCAAGUAAAAAAUAUUUCCAGCAUCCGGGAAAUAAUGUAGCAGACCAUCAUGAUCUCAUUCUCCAAGUUUAAAAGAUGUUAAUACUUCACCAUAUUUGUUUCAAUUCUCGAUAACUCCCCCCCACCCCAACAUGCGCGCAUACACACGCACAUGCACGCACACACAUGCACGCACAUGUGCACAGGCACGCACGUGCGCACACACACACACACACUUUGUCUGCUCCCUCUGCCAGUGAGCAGUAAAAUCUCUCAGGAAUGUUUAGGAAGCAGUGUUUCUUUAUUGUGUUUUAAGAAUAAACAUUCCAUAAUUGUGUCAUAGAUGAUGUGGAGUGAUUGCAUUUGUGUCUGUCCUUUCAUGGGGAGGAGAAACUCACUUUAUGUAAAAACUACAUUCCUGUUGUUUUUUUUUUAAGAAGAUGUAAAAUACUAAAAGGUAUAGUUAAAGCUUAUAACCUUUUUUGAUUCUUACCCCCCUUCUUCACUAAGCAGUAAAUAUCCUGAUAUUAAUGUGUAUCAUUCCCAUGCAUGUUUUCAUCCUUCUUUUACAUAUGUGUAUUUUAAAAAGUGCAUAGGAGUAUUUUGUAUAUUUUUAAAUUUUAUGGGAAAAAAUCCAUUGUAUCUAUAAUUUUGAAACCUAUUUUUACUCAGUACUGUGUCUUUGAGGUAUAGGUAUAGCCAUGUUUGUUACAUGUUGUUCUAUAUUUUCACGAUUUAACAUCUCUGAAAUUAGGAUGCUUCCUAAAUCACGAUGUAUUAAAUUUGAUGAAGUUCUGUAAA